AAAAAAAUUUUUGAGAGGAAAAUUUAUGAGAGAUAUUUGAAAAUAAUAAAAUGUUAAAUGAGAUUACCGAUAAGUGUAGAAACGGAAACUUCCUGCUCACAAUCAGUUCGUAGAAUUUUGACAAUUAUCAAUAUAAGUAGAUGGUCGAAAACUAACGAUGUCUUAUCAACUGAAGAAAAUAAAUUUAUUUUUUAAAUUUGGAUUUGCUUUCGCAUUGUUAGAGAAACAACAUAAUCAAGAAUAGAGAGCAGAAAAAAGACGUAACAAUUACUUACUCCUUUUAUCAAAAUUAAUUUUUUUACUUUUAUCUUGACGAAAUUUUGGUCUUUGUAUUGAUUCUCAAGUUAUUUUUUUAUUUAGAUCUCUAUCUCGUUCAGUGUCAUGAACAUUGCGUUACGCUGCGUUUCUAAUUUCAGUACGGUCGGGUAUUACGUAUUUACUGGGAAGCGUUACAAAACUUUCUAGACGAAUCGCGAGUCGAUUUGUAUUUAUAUCCCGACUAUUUCAGACGUUUUAAUUUUAACUUUGUUUAGAUCAUUAGAUCGCACCCUCUCUGUUGCUGUCUGUUUAUGCUUUCCGAAGGAAAGAGAGAAAAAGAGGUAAAGAGAAAAAGAGACGGAACAAUAAAGAGAGCAAUCUUGUUCAUGUAACAUUACAAUUAUUCUUAUCGAAAUCCGUUGUUAUCAAUUAUAAAGCAUUAUCUUUCAAAUUAAGGUCUUUUAUCGCGAUUUGUACCUUCUUCAAAUUCUAUUCGUCCGGGAUCAAAUCAAUCUCUGUGAUCGAUUGAUAUUGGCAAACACGCGCGCGCGCGAGAAUGAUCAAGACAUGUUUUAAAUCACGUUUCGAUUUGCUGGUUCUCAGUCCUCCCGCUCGUGGUGCUUUUUUUUAAUCUCACCGAAAGCGCGACGAUUAAAUGACGGUGAGCCGCGCAGAUAGCGCGGAGACACGGUCGCGGUAACGCGCACUAUAUUUCCGAAAUAACUGGGACGUCGGCCGGUGAGAGAGAGAGAAAGAGAAAUAGUGGCACGAAGUGAGGCACGGGUUUCAACUCCCGCGCUGCGUGUGACGCGUGCGAGCCGGGCGCGCAUUCGCGCCUGACUUCAGGCGCAACGGCGCGCGCCAGCGGGCGCUCUGACUCGCGCGACUCGCAUCGCGACGAUUUCCGGUUCUGACGGUGUUCGAGAUACACGCCGCGACCUUCAUAACCAUCUUCGUCGGCCUUGACAGUUAAUGGUGCAGCGGGGUGAGCGGCGGGGUCGAUCCCGACCUUGACAUGGAGGGCCACGACAUCCAGGAACUGACAGCCGCCAAGGACAGCGUGAUCGUCAGGGGCGGACAUCCGUCGCUCUGUUCCUCCUCGAACGGUGACGCGGAUUUAGGCAUGGGCACAGGAGUAGCGGGUGGUCCCGUCCUGACUCUUCCCGGUUCAGGAGUCAACGCUGCCCUUUCACAAACAUGCGCCAUAUGCAGUGAUCGCGCCACGGGGAAGCACUACGGUGCCGCAUCCUGCGAUGGCUGCAAGGGUUUCUUUCGUCGAUCCGUUAGAAAAAAUCAUCAAUACACAUGCAGAUUUCAAAGAAAGUGUCCGAUCGAUAGGGAUAAGCGAAAUCAAUGUAGAUACUGCCGAUUACGGAAAUGCUUCAGAGCCGGCAUGAAAAAGGAGGCCGUGCAAAAUGAGAGGGACCGAAUAAGUUGUCGGCGACCUAGCAAUGAAGAUCCGCCUGACAAAAAUAAAGGCCCGUCAAAGGAGGACGUGGUGAAGGCGGAUGCACGCGCCGAAAUGCUCAGCAAGCAAGUUGGCGGGUUAGAGCUUCAACAACUAGAUAGUCCGACCAACGAAAUCGAUCUCAGUACGAAACGGAUAGCUGGAUUAAACGACGUGUGCGACAGCAUGAAGGAGCAAUUGCUAAUCUUGAUCGAAUGGGCCAAAUGUUUCGAUGAGUUCAAAGCGCUGUCACUGGACGACCAGGUCGCGUUACUGAGGGCUCACGCGGGCGAGCAUCUAUUGCUGGGGGUGGCGAGACGCAGUAGGAACUUUACGGACGUACUAUUACUCGGCAACGAUUGCAUCAUCAUGAGGAACUGUCCUGUAAUAUCAUUGCAAUUUGUAGAAGGAAACAAUCAGCAGGAUCUGGACAUCAGUAAAGUGGGCAUAAGAGUGAUGGACGAAUUGGUGAAGCCGUUUCAGAAGAUCAAAAUUGACGAUACGGAGUUUGCUUUUCUCAAAGCCAUCGUGUUCUUUGAUCCGAACGCGAAAGGAUUGAGCGAUCAGAAGACGGUUCGAGAACUUCGUCACAACAUCCAGAUAAAACUCGAGAAUCACAUCAGCGAUCAUCGCUGCGAUCUGCCAGGACACUUCGGCGAUAUUUUGCUGAUGUUACCGGCUUUGCAGUCUAUCUCGUGGCAGAUGGUCGAACAAAUUCAAUUCGUUAGACUGUUCGGAGUGGCGCACAUUGACAAUCUGCUUCAGGAAAUAUUCCUGGGUGGUACAUCAGAGAUGAAUGGCACUGCCACCCCCUUACCUAUCUCGAGCACCGCGCCAGGCAGUUACAUGAGCAGCAACGAAAGCCCCAGUAGUCCCCUGACACCAGCAAACACUGGUAAUUUGAGCCCGCAAACCGAUCAGAUGCCUGUCAUGAUCCUGAGGGAUCUUACGCCAAACCAGGAUUUCAGAUACUUCAAGCAAGAGCCCAGCCUCGAGCCCGAGACCAGCUUCUGACUAGCUUCAGGAGCUCACCUCAUCGCUGGAUAGCCAACAUUCUGCUCAAAAAUUGUUGCUCAAUUAAUAAAACAGCGCGUAUUAUGUUAGUCGAAUCAAAUUGUGAUCGUUGGCGUUAAUCCGUAAAAUAAGAGAGGGGUAGGGGAAGAGACGAGAUCGACACGUGUCGCAAUGUGUGAGAGGAGUUAGCGCGAAAAUAUCCAGAUUUAUAUAAUGAUAAAUUUAACGGCGCGGCAUGCUGUGAUCACGUUUCUUUGCGGUUUACGAUUAACCAAGGCCCGCACUUGUAGAUAACGAUUGAUCGCCGACCAAGACGAAUGUGAUAAACGAUAAGAUCAUGUUUUGCCAUUUACGUGUUUUUACUGUUAUUGUUGCGAUUACUAUUGUUGCAACAGUAUUCGGGCCGUUUCCGAAAUCAGAGCUAAAGCUAGAGAUCGAGGAUAGUGCACUUUUUAGUACAAUUAUACAGUUGACAAUAAUAAUUAUUAGCGAUUAACUGGACCAGAGACUAAAACUAAUACAAUCUCAGUGAGUCCCUAUUCAUAUGUAAAAAGAAGAACCUUGUCAUUGAUAAUUAGGCUCCUAGCCUUGUUACAAAUGAUUGUAGCAUUUCCAUUAUGCGUAACUAACAUUAGUAUAAGGCUCGAUUUUGUGUGUCUUAUCGAAACCCUAUCGAAACUUAUUAAAUUCAGCGAAAUAAUUUCAAAUGCUGAUUUAGAAAAUAGAAAGUAAAGUAAUACUUGACUAUUAUUUUUAUACAUACAGAAGUAUGUAUGCAAGUCGAGUUAAGUAAUGAGAAACGACAAAAAACAUUAAGCAUUGAUAUUACGAGAAAUAUAUUUUUUUUCUACUAUUCCGCUCAGUUCGCAAAUCGGAUGAAUAGCGUUAUUGUAGUUUGUGACGUAAUGUAAAUAGCAUGAUGCAGCAAUGUUUAAUAUUAUUAUAUUAUAUAUGUAACAUUCCAUACAGUUAUAUCGAUAUAAGCGUUAUAGAUAGUCUUAAAAUAGUUAAUGGAACGUACGUGCUAACAUAAUCAUUGAGUGCGGGUUCCCUGUAAAAUGAAAAAUGCGCCACUGCAAUGCAAUUUACCAUUAGUAAUGUAGUGAUGAGGAAUGCACAGGCAUUAGCCAUUUUGCGCGUCUAAAUCGAGCGAAUAUCAAGCCGAUCUGCCACAGCAAUUGUGCUUGAUAAAGAAAAAUGGCUAGUGCAUCUUAUCGCAAUGUUAGUCGUUAGAGAAAAAUGUCAACGUUGACAUUUAUGGCCGGAUAGAAAGCAAUAGCAUAAUAAUCAGAUAACAAGUAAAAUUAAUGAGAUAAUAAGUAUGAAUUAUGAUAAUUAUGUAAUAUAAAUGUAUACAUAUCGAUUGUAUGAGUAUGCAUCAAUCGCAUGGGGAUUGAGUUAUAAUUAUAAGAAAAGCAUAAACCAUGAGAAUAAUUUCAUGCAAAUAUGACAAAACAGGCCAGCAAAUCAAUUCCAUUUUGAAAAUAUUCAGUAAAUGUGAUAAGAGCAGGCUAAGUCUUAUGAACAUACGUGCGCUAGAUCAAAUCAAAAUUUGCAAUAAUUUAAUAGUCUCCGAACACUAUUUUCUCUUUUUUUUCCUUUGGUUAAACUUUUAUUGCAUUAAUUUUAUAAACAUAUUUGCAUUGCUAUAUUCUGUGUGGUUUCUCACGAUAUGUAUCCAGUGUUGCAUAUAUAUGUAGACAAAGUUUCACAACACAUAGUACUAUAUAAAAGACAUAUGUUUUAAUAUAAGUCGUAGAUACGGCAAUUAGUCUGACAAAUAUAUAUAUUUUAUAUUUUUGUACGAAAAAUUUAAUAAAAAAUUAAUAUAAGGUAGUGUGCAAGAGAAAAGAGACGCGCGCGAUUAUCAUUAUUAAUAAUAAAACGAUAUUCAAUUGGAAAGUGUAAUAUAUUAGUGUUUUAUUUUACAUAUCUAUUAAAUAUUAAAAAUAUUUUAAUAUUGUUUAGUCAUGGGUUGUGAAAUAGAUAUUAUCACUUUUUGUUGUAUGAUUCUUUCUAUGUUGUUGACAGUUCGAAUGUGACUGAUUCCAUACAAAAUAUGUGUGUGUGUGUGUGUAUAUAAAUAAAAUUUUUGUUAUUUAAUAAGUAACAAAUUAUAUAUAAAGAUAUUUGUAUCUUUAGAGAUAAAGAGAUAUGUAGUUUCAAUCUUUAAGACAAUAAAUUUUAUUUAAUAUUA